AUGAGAACCACGCUAGAUACAAAGGCGCCGGCCAAGGACCGCGACAACUCGUCCCUCCUCUCCCCCGUCGGCUACGACGACGAUGCCUCCUCGAUUCAUUCCCGCAGCGACCAGGACUCCGAUAGCGAUGACGAUGAGUUGCAGCUUCGUGCGAGAAAUAGCCGAGAACUCCGAGCCGCUGACCGCAUCGUCUUGAUGGAGGAGGAUGAGCUGGACAAGCUGGUUACAGAUACCCGACGCAAAAAGGAGCGCGAACGUCGAGGCUCCGCGCUUGCCGUACCCAAUCCCCUUAGCAUCUUUCGCCGCCCGAGCUUGUCGAACAUGUCGGCUGCAGGCAGCUCAACAGAUAACCUUGUCUCAGAGAAGCGACAAGCGAAGAGGGCAAAGCGUCAGAUGAAGAGGGAGCGCAUGCGCGAGCGGGCUGAGCAUGGCGAGGACGGUGAACUCAUGUACGAACUCGAAGAAGGUGGCCUAACAGAUGGAAGCGCCACCGACUCUAUCAGCAACCGAAGUGAUAGCGAUGAAGUAGACCGAAAGCGAUUAAACAUGAUGACAGAAGCGCAUGCGCAGCGCGGACGCAGCUGGCGACGCUGGCUGUUUAUCCACGUCCUCAUUGCCAUCGGGUUUGCUAUUCUUGUUAUGGUGGCAUGGAAAUUAUCGAUAAGUCAUAAGCCCGUCGCCAACAAGACAAAUUGGGUUAGCAACGGCACUGCUAUUUUUGGGCCGACGACGCUCCUUAUCAGCCUCGACGGCUUCAGAGCAGACUUCUUGCUGCGAGGUCUUACUCCGCGCCUCAGCGCCUUUAUCAAAGAGGGCGUGUCGCCAAAGUAUAUGCUGCCAUCCUUCCCAUCAGUUACUUUUCCGAAUCACUAUACUUUAGCCACUGGCCUGUAUCCGGAAGCCCACGGCAUUGUUGGCAAUUCAUUCUGGGACCCUGAGCUGCAGAGCGAGUUUUACUAUACAGACAAGGCUAGAAGCCUCGAUCCAAAGUGGUGGGGAGGUGAACCCUUCUGGGUGACUGCUGAGACGCAGGGCGUCCGAACCGCUAUUCACAUGUGGCCGGGCAGUGAGGCUCACAUCUUGGGUGUCGAGCCCAGCAUUGUUGAUAAUUACAAUGGCAAGGAGACGCUGAACAAAAAGGUACAGCGCAUCUUUGACUUUUUGGAUAUGCCUGGAAAAGAGAACGAGAACUUGGAUCCCAAGGAAUACCGCCCGCAGCUCAUUGCCUCGUAUGUUCCAAAUGUCGAUGCGGACGGCCAUACCUUCGGCCCCAAUAGCACAGAAAUUCGCACUACGAUUCAGCAAGUCGACACCAUGCUCGAUGACAUCUUUAAGGGUCUUGAGCAGCGUAACUUGACCAAUAUUGUCAACGUCAUUGUCGUGUCUGAUCACGGAAUGGCUACAACGGACCGCGAAAGGCUGAUUCAAUUUGAGGAUCUCGUGGACCCCAACAAGAUUGAGCAUGCCGACGGCUGGCCACUCUUUGGUCUUCGUCCCAAGAACCCAGAUGAUCUCCAGUCUAUGUAUGAUGACUUGGCGGAAAAGUCAAAGACCAACCCCAACUUUGACGUCUACCUGCGCGACGUCAACAUGCCACCCCGAUACCACUUUUCCAAGAAUAAGCGUAUCGCGCCGUUAUGGAUCGUCCCCAAGACAGGCUGGGCUAUUGUAAAGAAGGAGGAAUUUGUCGUCGCGGGAGCCGGCGCCAAGGACUUGAUGUACCACCCGCGAGGACUACAUGGGUACGAUCAUGAGCAUCCUCUAAUGAGAGCCAUCUUUAUCGCACGAGGACCUGCCUUCCCUCACCCGGCUAAUAGCCAAAUUGAUAACUUUCAAAACAUUGAACUUUACAACAUGCUGUGCGACUCAGUUGGCAUCGUACCGAAACCUAAUAACGGCACCUUGCGUCUUCCAUUGAAGACUAUUGGCAUCCAUAAGGUUGAAGAGGCAGUGCCUGAGGAUCCUGUGACAACACAUGUCAUUCAACGACCGACAGUGCCUGGUGAACCAGCCGCAUCCUCAUCACAGGCACCAGCAACGGAAACGCCAGUGCCCGAGGGCCAAAAGGAAACAACUGAUAAGCCCGGCGAUGGCGAACACAAAGACGACAAGCCGGAGGAUGAGAAGGAGAAGGAGGAGAAAGGCUUAAUGAACACUACCCUUGGAGACAUUUGGGGCUGGAUUACCGACAAGGUGGAUGAUAUUUGGCAUAAAGUUCUUGGUGAUGAUUAA